AUGGAGGUGUCGCAGGAGGUAGUGGAGCUCGUCGACACAAGGCUGUCCCUCGUGAUCGGCGCUGCGAGCCGUCCACCGCCGACGGUCCUGGCCCUGCUGCCCGCGACAUCACCGGAGAACGAAGCGGUGAAACGUGUGAAGAGGAAGGGUGUCAAGGAACCAGAGAACGGUGCGGGCGGUGCCGUUGCUACGUCAAGGGAGCAUAGCAAGAGGGCCAAUACGGUGCACGACAGCAGCGACGUCGACGACGACGACGGACGGGACGCGUCCCGCGGCGACGCGACGAGGAAGAAGCUCAGGCUCACGGUGGAGCAGGCCGCGCUGCUGGAGGACAGCUUCCGCGCGCACAACGUCCUCUCCCACGGUGAGAAGCACGAUCUUGCGAGGCAGCUCUGGUUGAAGCCGAGGCAGGUGGAGGUGUGGUUCCAGAACAGGAGGGCGCGCACCAAGCUCAAGCAGACGGAGCUCGAUUGCGAGCUGCUGCGCCGGUGGUGCGAGCGUCUCAGCGAGGACAACGCGCGGCUCCGGCGAGAGCUCGCCGAGACGCUCGCCUCGCCGCCUGCCUUCUUGUCCAGGCUCACGAUGACCAACGAUAAGACUGCUGUGUGUUCGUCCUGCAACAAGCUCACCAGCGCCCGGAUGCCGGCAUGA